AUGGAUACCUCUCUUCCACAAUUGCGUUCUCUCUCCGAGCUUGAGUCUCGGAUGCAAGUAAUGCGCGUAUCUGCUCUUGAAGAUAACCAAACCGGUGAAACUUUCUCUCAGCGUGCUGAAUGGUUUUACCAGAGACGUCCUCUCCUUCUUUCACUAUGUCAAGAUCUCUUUGACGGUUACGCCACUCUCUUGAACUGUUACAACCAAGCUAAACCACAAAACCCUAAACCUGUUUCUCAUGAAAAUGACUCUAAUGAUGAUACCGACAUAAGUUCUCAAGUCGAGAGCAUCUUGUCCUUUGAACAGACUCAAAUCACGGCUUGUGAUAAGCAGAAAGUUGACGAGUUAGUCUCGCAGCUCGUGACCGCAAACUUGGAAAGAGACAUGGCGCAGGACGAGUUGCUUCGCGGUGAGAAAAAGUUCAGAGAAGCUUCCAAGAUGAUCGAGUUGCUAAAGAAGCUUGUGAUGUUGCUUGACAUGGAGAAAGAAGUAGAUGUGGAGGAAACUGUGAAUCUCGGAUACAAACUCACUUCUCUCUUGGAAGAGAACAAAGACCUAGCAACGGAAGCUAAUAGUGAUAUGGAAUUGUAA